CCUUCAUUCUUUUUUCUUAUUCCUCGUCCGUGCUUCUCGCUCGCUCGUUUUGUUCCGCUGGUUUCUUUUGGCCGUUCGUUGAACGGCGUGGAAGCGUGCACGAUAUCACCCUGCCGGUCGAUGGAGACGGUUCGCGCGGCGUCAACGCUCUCGAAAAACGACCGCCCCUUAAACUCUUGUUUUGCCGUUCUUAAAUUGUCGCGCUUUCAGCCUUUAGUAGUACAACGGCACUUAGCGCAGGCGCUAAACUCUCUGCAUUCGCUCGCUUUUCCUCAACGUCGUGUGUUUGACGAAAGGAUGAUUAGAAAACAUAUAAUAUUCUGUUAAAUUUAUAGGGUAGUAAUUAUUAUCGUUUUUUUUUUGCAAGAACAGUUUACUGAAUUUAUUACAAAUUUCUACAUUAACAUUCGAAUGGGCAUGCUCGUCAAGUUUUUAGUCGCGAAGGCGCGAAAAAUCGAUUGAAAAAGUUUUUGCCCCAGCUGAGUUGACAAUUACAUCAGGUUAUAUUGCUCGCAUCUCAUUUCACAUAGAUCGAUAGUUAUACCAUUCGUUGCAUAUAUACGCUCAUCGUUUGCAUACAAUGUGCCUGGUUAAACUUAGUUUUAAAGUCCCAUCGUUAAGGGCCAAUUUCACCAACAACACAAACCGCGAUUAGUUGAAAUUAAACUUCGAUUACGCUUCUAAUCCUUGAUAUUAGAUUUCACCAAGAGCAAUUAAUCAAGUUUAAAAAUGAUCGACGUUUAAGAAUUAACUGACCAAUUUUGGUCGGUUAACGAGCUUAAACCGCGAUCGCGACUGCAAGCAUUGUAAUAUCAGUGAUAUAUUUAAUAUAUAUAAAAAAUCCCAGUGAUAUAUUUUAAAUACAAAUAAGGAUGCAAAGAGCGAACGUGCUAGCUUUUGAAGAUAAUGAUGAUGAGGAUGAGUUUGUUGUUCGUCGACCGAGGUGGAUACGAGACAGAGAAGAUCACUUCCACAACCUAGAUGAUACAGAUUUUGUAAUGAGGUUUCGAUUGUCAAAACGAACAGUGCUGUCUGUUUUGGAGACGAUCGAAAAUCAACUCGAAUUUCGAACAGACAAAAAUAAUUGUGUGUCUCCUAUUAAUCAACUACUGUGUGCCCUCCGUUUCUAUGCCACUGGAUGUUACCAAACAACUGCUGCAGAUUUAUGUGGUUUCAGCACUUCUACUGCUCAUAGAAUUGUGCACAGGGUCAGUUGUGCUAUAGCUUCUUUGCGACCCCUUCAUGUUCUUUUUCCUGAGACACCUUCUCAAAUCCGCAAGACACAAAUGGAAUUUUACAAUAAAGCGAGAUUUCCAAGAGUUAUUGGUGCAAUAGACUGCACCCAUGUUAAGUUCAUAAAGUCACCAGGUGGUGGAAAUGCGGAGGUUUUCCGCAAUAGAAAAGGAUACUUCUCAUUAAAUGUCCAGGCUAUUUGCAAUGCAAAUUUGGAGUUUACGGAUAUUGUUGCAAGAUGGCCAGGCAGCACACAUGACUCCCAUAUUUUCAAUAACUGCUAUCGGAAAGCUAUGUAUCAACAAAGAAGAUACGGUAAUGCUGUGCUUGUUGGAGAUGGAGGGUACGCAUGUACGAGUUACAUGAUGACUCCACUGGAUCAAUGUAAUACAGCUGCUGAACAUUUAUAUAAUGAAUCUCAAAUUCGAACAAGGAAUUCCAUUGAGAGACUGUUCGGUGUAUGGAAAAGACGUUUCCCAGUUAUGGCUCUUGGAUUACGAGUCAGUGUGAAGAAUUCUUUUCCUAUAAUUAUAGCCACAGUUGUACUCCACAAUAUUGCUCGACGUGCUGGAGAAGAUGUUCCUCCUGACGAUCAUGAGAUAAUACUACCUGCCCCUUGGGACAUUCUCCUAGCUGAAGGCAACAUUGAUGAAAAUUAUUUAAUCAAUCUUCAAUGCCGCUUAGAUAGGCCUAGACAAAGAGAAAAUCCCAAUCAUCGAGAACGCCGUGCUCUUGUCGAUAACUAUUUUGAGAAACUGGCAAAUAGAAGCUAAAAGCUAUUAGGGUGCGAGAGAUAUUGAACGAAAAUAAAGUCUUUAUUCAAUUCAAAUACUCUUACAUAUAGUAUAAUAAAAAAAGGAAGGUGGCAAGAAGAAAAGCUGUGCACAAUAUAAUAGAAAAUUAAAAAAUAUUGUAAUGACAUUAGUUUGUAUAAUAAAUGACUUUAAACA